AUGCAGGGCUUCUUGGAAACUGUGCCGUUACGAGCAAUGGCAGCUCGGAAAUCGAGACCACGCUACUCUAUUCGCCCUUUUUACCUUGUUCUAACGGUGCUCCUCGCCCUUGCGGCUAUCACUGUCUUCCUCCCUUCUCCGUCAGGCCUCCAGACGUCUAGAGAAACACCCCAUUUACGGAAACGACUGGUAACAGAACGUCAGGAGUGGUCAAAUAUUGCAGAAGAUGAGCAGGAAAAGUGCCGCCUUGUCCACAAGGCCCACGACCAGUGCGCGUACGUUCUCGCCAAUUGCAAGGACCAUGAAGUCGGACUUCUUUCUUAUCUGCAGCUAUAUUACUGCAAACUCCCGCAAGCGAAACCAGUGGCAUUCGCUAUCAUAGCCCUAUGGCUCUCACUUCUAUUCAGUACAAUUGGGAUCGCCGCGAGUGAUUUCCUCUGCAUAAAUCUCAGUACAAUGGCCAGUAUCCUAGGAAUGAGCGAGAGUUUGACCGGGGUAACUUUCGUAGCGUUCGGAAAUGGUAGCCCUGAUGUUUUCUCUACUUUUGCUGCCAUGAGCUCGAAUAGCGGCAGUUUGGCCAUAGGUGAGCUGAUCGGAGCAGCUGGCUUCAUCUCAGCUGUUGUCGCCGGCUCAAUGGCCCUAGUGAGACCUUUCAGGGUGGCACGACGAAGUUUUGUCCGCGAUAUUGCAUUUUUCACUUUCGCAGCCAGUUUUAGCUUGGUGUUCAUCGCCGAUGGCAAACUGCAUGUAUGGGAAUGUGUGAUUAUGAUUGGCUUUUACUUCUUUUAUGUUGUGACAGUUGUGACUUGGCACUGGUAUUUAGGCCGCCAGCGCUUGAAACGCGAGAGAGAUCUUAUGGCUAGGGCACACUUCCAUAUCCCUCAAAACCAGGAAUUAGAUAUUCAGGAAGAGCCCGAGGACGAUGAUGCUCCGGUAGCUGGUGCCCAACGCCCAACGCUUCUUGGGCCAUCUGACGAAGAUUUUGAUGCGCUUGAAAGAGCGGAUAUUCCGGCUUGGAAAGUCGAAGACGAGGAAGAUGAUGAAACACGGGAUCGAUACCUUGCGGAGUUACAGGGCAAUAUGCGCGUCAGCAGAGCUCCCGCUGGCCAAAGGGGAGCUGCGAUGGGAGCUAUCCGCCCAAGCCUGGUCGGUGCAUUGGAGUUUCGAUCAGUCCUUUCGUCGCUUCAAAGGUCGCGAAGUUUUCACUCAGGUCGAAUUCAUCUUCGAAAUUACUCCGAUGAUCCUAAUCAUUCAGAAUCCUACCCAGAUACCUUAAGUCCAACAAUUCCAUCUAUCCAUGGUCGCGCAAGAGCUGUGUCAGCUAACCCCGCCGUUCGGGUUCCUUUGCACAAUAAUCGGCGAAACGAUGCUGCAUCAGAUCGCGGUGUGCCAAUUGCGUCGCGGCGAGCGGCCAAUUUUGCUUCCGCUUUCACGGAUCAAGAACAUAUAUGUUUCGCAUCACCUACAUCAUCUGGUUAUCCAUCGAGGGCCCAUAGCCCAGCCUUAAUAGAAAGAGCCGGAUCACCAAAUUUUUUGGCACCGCCAGAGAGCCCGUUUCGACCGCUAAAUUAUCAAAGUGAAAGGGGUGCUACGCAAGGAGCUUCAUUGUCGCCGUCUCCAUUAUCUCCAAGAGCUAAACAACCGCACGGGACGCCUGCUAGCAGCAUUAAGUCUUCCGGCCCACAUAGUCCCACCCUUCCAUUUCCUCCAUACCAGGAUGAUGUAGCUUCGGUUCGCCCGGGGAUCCCUAGCAUCAGGCUACCUCCAGCUAGUACAUCCGGGUCGGUAUAUGCAUCCGAACACUAUAUUCGCAGCCAUCAUGAAGAGAAACCGCUAGCAUGGUGGCCAUACCGACUUUUGCCUCCGCCCAUUCUAUUUGUGUCUACUCUGUUUCCGACCCUGUCUGGCUGGGCUGAGAAAUCAGUAUGGGACAAAGUAUUAGGGAUUACGGCCGCCCCUAGCGUACUAUUUUUGACUAUAACUCUACCAGUUGUCGAGCCUCCAGUCGCAGAGCCGGAAACUGAACCUGUAUCUGUGUUUGUCUCUCCACCAUUAUCCCCCAACGAGGAUCCUGGAAUGGUGGCCUCUGACACACCACUUCUACAUUCCAUUGAACCCGACACCGACGCUCACCUUCCUCUACCCAUGAUACCUAGCAAUGGCAACAGUGCUCGAGGUCAGCAACCCAAGCCUACCGUACCUCCAGGAGCACGGCAUCGCCACGACUCCGAAGCGCCGGUUUUACCAACCCAGUUGGAACAGAACACUUCGGUCCCCAAACAGUGGAACCGAUGGCUUCUCACGCUGCAACUUGUCACGGCACCACUUUUCAUUGCACUGACAGUAUGGGCCAACCUUGAUUCUGAUAUGAAUGGACGAAAUCUCCUUGUACCUGCUCUUGCCGCCCUCGUCGUAUCCGCUGUUCUGCUCACUAUCCUUCUUGUUACCACCAAACCUACAACCAAACAACUCCCCUCCCGUGCCCGGCCAUUUUUGGCGUUCCUUGGCUUUAUCGUGUCGAUUGCUUGGAUUUCUACUUUGGCUACGGAAGUUGUCAACGUACUGAAAUCCGUUGGUGUCAUUCUCAGCAUUAGCGAUUCAUUACUUGGACUGACUGUGUUUGCCGUCGGAAACUCUCUGGGCGAUCUCGUCGCUGACGUUACCGUGGCGAGAUUGGGGUACCCAGUCAUGGCUCUAAGCGCAUGUUUCGGUGGCCCUAUGCUCAAUAUUCUCAUUGGGAUUGGUGUUGGGGGAUUGUACAUGACUCUUAACCCGGCGUCGAAACACUCUAGCUCUUAUUCUGGACUGAACACGAUCAUGGCAAGAGCCGUUUCUGCCGCCGAAGAACCAUACCGUAUAUCGGUUUCUAAGAGCUUACUGAUAAGCGGGGCGGUGCUGUUGGCUACGCUUGUGGGGCUAUUGAUUGUUGUACCGCUCAAUGGCUGGAGGAUGGAUCGAAAAAUCGGCCUGGGAUUGGUGACUUUGUGGUGUGUCAGUACAGUCUGUAAUGUCAUUGUUGAGAUCGUGACAUAA